AUGUUUGUAGAGGCACGGGUUGAUGGUCAGCAGUAUUUGGCAGUGAAUUAUGGUUCUUCAUAUGUUUGUGCAUUAAAGGGGUCAACAGUGAAAUUGUCCUGUGUUUUAAACUAUCCACAUGAUCAUGAGCUCAGAACAGUCUUCUGGACCAAACCUGCUGUAACUGAUGGAGAUCCACCGAACCUGUGUUUAGACCCAGAAAACAGAGGAGGAGUUCAGUGUGACCGUGAAUAUAAAGACACUCACAGCAUCACUUUGAUGAAUGUAACAGAAGCAGAUAAACACAUCUACUACUGCAGAUUCACUACAAACAGAGGAAGAUGGACAGGGAUUCCUGGAGCUCAGCUGGACGUCACAGAUCUGCAGGUGGAGACAGAGCAGAGUGUGAAAGAGACAGAUUCAGUCAAUCUGACAUGUAAAAGCAGCUGCUCUCUGCCUCAACAAACAACAUUCAUCUGGUUCAGAAACACAGAGAGAUUAACUACAGGAAUCAUCACAGAGAAUCAGCUUCAGCUGCGGUCAGUCAGUCGUGAUGAUUCAGGAAACUAUCAGUGUACUGUUUCAGGAGAGGAACAUCUGAUCUCUCCACCUGUUUAUCUUCAAGUAGGAUGGGUUGAUGGUCAGCAGUAUUUGGCAGUGAAUUAUGGUUCUUCAUAUGUUUGUGCAUUAAAGGGGUCAUCAGUGAAAUUUUCCUGUGUUUUAAACUAUCCACAUGAUCAUGAGCUUAAAACAGUCUUCUGGACCAAACCUGCUGUAACUGAUGGAGAUCCACCGAACCUGUGUUUAGACCCAGAAAACAGAGGAGGAGUUCAGUGUGACAGUGAAUAUAAAGACACUCACAGCAUCAGUUUGACGAGUGUAACAGAAGCAGAUAAACACAUCUACUACUGCAGAUUCACUACAAACAGAGGAAGAUGGACAGGGAUUCCUGGAGCUCGGCUGGACGUCACAGAUCUGCAGGUGGAGACAGAGCAGAGUGUGAAAGAGAAAGAUUCAGUCGCUCUGACAUGUAAAAGCAGCUGCUCUCUGCCUCAACAAACAACAUUCAUCUGGUUCAGAAACACACAGAUAUUAACUGAAGAGUCACGGGAGAUGCUUUACCUGCCGUCAGUCACCUCUUCUGAUUCAGGAAACUAUCAGUGUGCUGUUUCAGGAGAGGAACAUCUGAUCUCUCCACCUGUUUAUCUUAAAGUAGGAUCGGGUGAUUGUUUGCAGGAUUGGCGAGUGAAUUAUAGUUCUUCAUAUGUUUGUGCAUUAAAGGGGUCAACAGUGAAACUCUCCUGUACUUUAAAAUAUCCUCCUGAUCAUCAGCUCAAGAAAGUCUUCUGGACCAAACCUGCUGUAACUGAUGGAGAUCCACCGAACCUGUGUUCAGACCCAGAAAACAGAGGAAGAGUUCAGUGUGUCCGUGAAUAUAAAGACACUUACAGAAUCACUUUGACGAAUGUAACAGAAGCUGAUAAACACAUCUACUACUGCAAAUUCACUACAGAAACUCAGGGUGGAAAAUGGACAGGAGUUCCUGGAGCUCAGCUGGACGUCACAGAUCUUCAGGUGGAGACAGAGCAGAGUGUGAAAGAGACAGAUUCAGUCAAUCUGACAUGUAAAAGCAGCUGCUCUCUGCCUCAACAAACAACAUUCAUCUGGUUCAGAAACACACAGAGAUUAACUACAGGAAUCAUCACAGUGAAUCAGCUUCAGCUGCGGUCAGUCAGUCUUCAUGAUUCAGGAAACUAUCAGUGUACUGUUUCAGGAGAGGAACAUCUGAUCUCUCCACCUGUUUAUCUUCAAGUAGGAUGGGUUGAUGGUCAGCAGUAUUUGGCAGUGAAUUAUGGUUCUUCAUAUGUUUGUGCAUUAAAGGGGUCAACAGUGAAAUUGUCCUGUGUUUUAAACUAUCCACAUGAUCAUGAGCUCAGAACAGUCUUCUGGACCAAACCUGCUGUAACUGAUGGAGAGCCACCGAACCUGUGUUUAGACCCAGAAAACAGAGGAGGAGUUCAGUGUGACAGUGAAUAUAAAGACACUCACAGCAUCACUUUGAUGAAUGUAACAGAAGCAGAUAAACACAUCUACUACUGCAGAUUCACUACAAACAGAGGAAGAUGGACAGGGAUUCCUGGAGCUCAGCUGGACGUCACAGAUCUGCAGGUGGAGACAGAGCAGAGUGUGAAAGAGACAGAUUCAGUCAAUCUGACAUGUAAAAGCAGCUGCUCUCUGCCUCAACAAACAACAUUCAUCUGGUUCAGAAACACACAGAGAUUAACUACAGGAAUCAUCACAGAGAAUCAGCUUCAGCUGCGGUCAGUCAGUCGUGAUGAUUCAGGAAACUAUCAGUGUGCUGUUUCAGGAGAGGAACAUCUGAUCUCUCCACCUGUUUUUCUGAAAGUAAGAUCGGGUGAUGGUCAGCAGGAUUGGGGAGUGAAUUAUAGUUCUUCAUAUGUUUGUGCAUUAAAGGGAUCAACAGUGAAACUCUCCUGUACUUUAAAAUAUCCUCCUGAUCAUCAGCUCAAGAAACUCUUCUGGACCAAACCUGCUGUAUCUGUUACAGAAACCCCUGACCUGUGUUUAGUCCCAGAAAAGAGAGGAAGAGUUCAGUGUGUCAGUGAAUAUAAAGACACUUACAGAAUUACUUUGACAAAUGUAACAGAAGCUGAUAAACACAUCUACAACUGCAGAUUCACUACAAACACUGAGGGUGGAAGAUGGACAGGAGUUCCUGGAGCUCAGCUGGACGUCACAGAUCUGCAGGUGGAGACAGAGCAGAGUGUGAAAGAGACAGAUUCAGUCAAUCUGACAUGUAAAAGCAGCUGCUCUCUGCCUCAACAAACAACAUUCAUCUGGUUCAGAAACACACAGAUAUUAACUACAGGAAUCAUCACAGAGAAUCAGCUUCAGCUGCGGUCAGUCAGUCGUGAUGAUUCAGGAAACUAUCAGUGUGCUGUUUCAGGAGAGGAACAUCUGAAGUCUAAACCUGUUUAUCUUCAAGUAGGAUGGGUUGAUGGUCAGCAGUAUUUGCCAGUGAAUUAUGGUCCUUCAUAUGUUUGUGCAUUAAAGGGGUCAACAGUGAAAUUGUCCUGUGUUUUAAACUAUCCACAUGAUCAUGAGCUUAAAACAGUCUUCUGGACCAAACCUGCUGUAACUGAUGGAGAUCCACCAAACCUGUGUUUAGACCCAGAAAACAGAGGAGGAGUUCAGUGUGACAGUGAAUAUAAAGACACUCACAGCAUCACUUUGAUGAAUGUAACAGAAGCAGAUAAACACAUCUACUACUGCAGAUUCACUACAAACAGAGGAAGAUGGAUAGGGAUUCCUGGAGCUCAGCUGGACGUCACAGAUCUUCAGGUGGAGACAGAGCAGAGUGUGAAAGAGACAGAUUCAGUCGCUCUGACAUGUAAAAGCAGCUGCUCUCUGCCUCAACAAACAACAUUCAUCUGGUUCAGAAACACACAGAUAUUAACUACAGGAAUCAUCACAGAGAAUCAGCUUCAGCUGCGGUCAGUCAGUCGUCAUGAUUCAGGAAACUAUCAGUGUGCUGUUUCAGGAGAGGAACAUCUGAUCUCUCCACCUGUUUAUCUUAAAGUAAGAUCGGGUGAUUGUUUGCAGGAUUGGGGAGUGAAUUAUAGUUCUUCAUAUGUUUGUGCAUUAAAGGGAUCAACAGUUAAACUCUCCUGUACAGUAAAAUAUCCUCAUAAUCAUCAUCUCAAGAAAGUGUUCUGGACCAAACCUGCUGUAGCUGUAACAGAAACCCCUGACCUGUGUUUAGUCCCAGAAAAGAGAGGAAGAGUUCAGUGUGUCUGUGAAUAUAAAGACACUUACAGAAUUACUUUGACAAAUGUAACAGAAGCAGAUAAACACAUCUACAACUGCAGAUUCACUACAAAAACUGAGAAUGGAAGAUGGACAGGAGUUCCUGGAGCUCAGCUGGACGUCACAGAUCUUCAGGUGGAGACAGAGCAGAGUGUGAAAGAGACAGAUUCAGUCGCUCUGACAUGUAAAAGCAGCUGCUCUCUGCCUCAACAAACAACAUUCAUCUGGUUCAGAAACACAGAGAGAUUAACUACAGGAAUCAUCACAGAGAAUCAGCUUCAGCUGCGGUCAGUCAGUCUUCAUGAUUCAGGAAACUAUCAGUGUGCUGUUUCAGGAGAGGAACAUCUGAUCUCUCCACCUGUUUAUCUUCAAGUAGGAUAUACCCCUCAAAACACCUCAGUGUCCAUCAGUCCGUCUGGUGAAAUAGUGGAGGGAGAUUCAGUGACUCUGAUCUGCAGCAGUGACUCAAACCCUCCUGCUCUGAACUUCAGCUGGUUUAAGGAGAAUCAAAGCUCAGCUGUUGGAUCUGGACAGAGUUUCAUCAUCUCCAGCUUUAACUCCAGUCACAGCGGACGCUACUAUUGUGAGGCUCAGAAUCAACAUGGAUCUCAGAGAUCAGCGUCUGUUUCAGUCUCUGUUAAAGGUGAUUGGGAUAUCUUGUAUAUCAUUGCUGUCUGUGUCACUUCUGCAAUAACAGUUGGAUGUGGGCUCUUGUUUCUCAUCAUCAUCAUUGUGCACAAAAGGACUAAGAAAAGAAAUAAUGACUAUAAGGACACAGAGCAAGAUAAGGUAAGUCGUUUAGAUGCUGCACUGUAAAAAAUGAAGAAAAAUAGAUGAUGUCUUGGUAGUCAAUGACCUUUAUUUUCUGUUAAAUAAAAAUGUUUCCUUUAAAUUUAAUACCAAUGCAAUACAUAAUUCAAAAUAUGAGUAAAACACAUGUAAUCAUGGAUUGACAUUAAUUUAUAUGAGGGUCUGUAGGUAGCAUGUUAAUUAUCACACACUUCAGAUGUUACAAAU